GGAAAACCGGCGGGAACGGGACAGGACCACAGGAGGCAGACGCUGAAAGGCACUGGAGUGAUUUUUCCAGAGCCUUUUCCAGCUGUUUCGGUUGGUGUUUUACGAAGGCUGUGAUGGAGAAGCAAUUCAGUUUCAUGACGUGUUCUGUGUUAGGGUGCGCGCAUGGCUUAGCUUCAGUGCGGUUUUGAAGAAACUGAGAGAUGCCUAGUGCGGUUAGCGAUUUGAAUUCUGGCUGAGAUGGCCGCUUUGUGAACUGGAACAGCUGAUGCGAUUAAUAUCGCUGUCUUAAUGGACUGGAUGAAGUAGUGGAUUUCAAAUUGUGGUUAAGAAGCAAGUAUGCAGUUUCUAGAUCUGAGCAACUACGACCUCUUUAUGCUACGUCCGUUCAACUUCACAUCGUCGUCAAAGUAUCAGCUUCCCGAAUUAUGCACUGGGCGUUCAAAGGAGAAGGGUAUCAGCACUUGGACAGCAGGGGUGCAUGAACAGAGUGAAUUUUCAGAACGGUCAUUAUAUCUGCAACUGAAGAGGACUGCCUGCGCAGCCGAGACGGGGGACAGAGGAGCUAAGAGACGUAUUGCAGAAAGCAGUAGCAGUGACUCCGAUGAUAAUUACACGCCGUACGUACCCCUGAAGGAAAGACGCAAACAGCAGCUGACUAAACUGGGACGACUACAUGCUAUAUUACUGGAGGAAAAGAAGGACAACAAGUCAAGCACUGCCACAGAUGAUGACGAAGAAUAUCAGGAUGAGUACGGCCGAAAAUCAAAUGUCAGCCUGUUGGACCAACAUACAGAAUUGAAGAAAAAGGCAGAAGCUCGCAAAGAAAGUGCACUUGAAAAACAACUAAAAGAAGAGGAAAAAAUUCUUGAAAGCGUUGCAGAGCGCAGGGCUCUGAUGGGAGUGGCUGAACUUGCUAAAGGAAUACAGUAUGAAGAUCCGAUAACAACAGGGUGGAGGGUACCAAGGUACAUUGCUGCUUAUUCCCCAGAGUAUCAUGAAAAAAUCAGAAAAAAUUACCGCAUCUUAGUUGAAGGAGAGGAAAUACCACCUCCCAUAAAAACGUUCAAGGAGAUGAAAUUUCCGAAAGUCAUCCUAAACAGCCUCAAACAAAAAGGAAUCACAAAGCCUACGCCAAUCCAGAUGCAAGGGCUUCCUGCUGUAUUGUCUGGCCGAGAUAUGAUUGGAAUCGCUUUCACAGGUUCUGGGAAAACAAUCGUGUUUGUCCUGCCUAUAAUCAUGUUCAGCUUAGAGCAAGAAAAAAAGCUACCAUUCAUAGAAAACGAGGGUCCCUAUGGUCUCGUCGUUUGCCCAUCUCGUGAACUAGCAAAACAAACUUUUGAAAUCAUACUGCAUUUCUCUCGAGCACUGGAAUCAGCUGGUUAUGGCUCUCUUCGAAGCUGUCUUUGCAUUGGUGGCACUUCGGUGAGAGAACAACUGGAUGUUGUUAGAAGAGGUGUUCACGUCAUGGUAGCCACACCUGGAAGACUUAUGGACAUGCUGGACAAGAAAAUGGUUAACUUGGAUAUCUGCCGGUACCUGUGCUUAGAUGAAGCUGACAGGAUGAUAGAUAUGGGGUUUGAAGAGGACGUACGAACAAUCUUUUCAUUCUUCAAGGGUCAGAGGCAAACACUUCUGUUCUCUGCUACUAUGCCAAAGAAGAUUCAGAACUUUGCCAGGAGUGCCCUAGUGAAGCCCAUAACAGUAAACGUGGGCAGGGCUGGUGCUGCAAGCUUAGACGUCAUACAGGAGGUUGAGUACGUCAAACAGGAGGCCAAGAUUGUUCACCUACUAGACACACUUCAGAAGACUGCACCUCCUGUCUUGAUAUUCGCUGAGAAAAAGCAGGACGUAGAUGCAAUUCACGAGUACCUCUUACUCAAGGGCGUAGAAGCUGUUGCAAUUCAUGGAGGCAAAGACCAAGAAGAACGGUCUAGAGCUGUGGAUGCAUUUCGGCGUGGAGAGAAGGAUGUUCUGGUUGCUACAGAUGUUGCCUCUAAGGGAUUGGACUUUGAAAACAUUCAGCAUGUAAUCAAUUACGACAUGCCAGAGGACAUUGAAAACUAUGUACAUCGCAUUGGACGUACUGGCCGUUCUGGAAAGGUUGGAAUAGCCACGACCUUCAUAAACAAAGCCUGCGAUGAAUCGGUACUUCUGGACAUGAAGCAUUUGCUCAUUGAGGCAAAACAGAAGGUACCGCCCUUCCUUAGUGCACUCCAGUCUGAAAAUGAGAAGUACUUGGAUCUUGGUGAGGAACGUGGUUGCUCUUAUUGUGGCGGUCUUGGACAUCGUAUCACGGACUGUCCCAAGUUGGAAGCAGUGCAGAGCAAGCAAGCAUCCAAUAUUGGUCGCAGAGACUACCUUGCGAACAACAGUGCAGACUGGUAGUUUUCUUGUAAGUUGGGGUUCUCACUUUCACCAACAACUCCAUGGCAUGAAUGCCAUGUUGCUUUUUGCAUAGUGUUCAUAUCCAUUGUGCUCACAUCAUCAGUCAUGAGAAUAUUUUUACUGCCCACAAAAUGCACAAUGUGUCAGAAUAAAAUAAUUUAUUGUAAAUAUACUUCAUCAUUUUUUUAUGAACUACUAUGGAAGAUGAGCUGUACAUUUCAUUUUCCCUCAAGCAAUUGUAUAUUGAGUGUGAUACCCUGUGUUAUGGUUUCAGAAUGAGCAUUAUGUACAAGCUGAUGAUUGAUGCAAGUUUGAAAAUCCAAGUUUUCUCUAUAAACAUGUGUCUGAUUGGUUCUGUAUACAGGGCACCCCACAAAAAUCAGACCACAGAGUUAGAAGCAUAAGCAACCAUCAAAUUAUGAUGAAAAGCUUGCUGAUACUAUUAAAACCUUGAAAUAUAAAGAUUGCAAUUUGCCCUAAUUACAAUGAGAUAGCAGAGUGGCUCUAACCCUAGUGUCACUGAGAUAAUGUCACUGAAAGCUGAAUCCUUGUGAGGAGUGGAAAUAUGUGAACAUCACAUGGUCAUAUUGCUUUGCUUCUGAUAACUGGCAAUGAAAUAAGGCAUGUGGACAGCAUUAGUGUUUUCAUUUCCACUUGGUUGUCAAAUGAUGUCAAACUGAAAGCAAUUGUUUGCCCCCUCGACUGUCCAGGUGCCAAUUGGGCACAUUCAAGGGGCGUUGCUGACGUUCCAAAUUUAAUGCGAUUUACAGUUGGGUACACCACAUUUCAAGAAAAAGCAGUGCUGUAGUCCUGAAAUGUAAGCCUUAUGCCUAACAAUAUCAGCAGUAUGACCAUGUGUUUGGCACAUGGUUCAUCCUCUCCUCGAGGUGUUGCCGCGUCUUGCUGUUAAUCGAUUUUUAAUUGAGCAAACAGACGUAGCACUAGCUCUUUCUAUUUUUUAACAUGUUAACUUCUGUUUUCGCUGUGUGCAAGGGGGGUAGAUACCCUGCACAUCAUAAAGGUAAUUUUUGUUUAAAAAAUUGACACACAAAACUACCUCUUCCUUUCCUCUGUUCCUCUGUUUCAAAUUCGUAAGGAGCAGCAUGAUAUAAAAAUCUCACCUGCUACACUUCUUUUCUACCUGAUUUAGUAACAUACUGAUUGAAUUUCUAUAUCACAAAUACUGACGAUACUGAGAAAAUAAUCAUGCUGACUUUGUAUUGCUCUACAUAAAGUGGUAAAAAUUUCAGAAGUUCAUUAUCAACACAUUUGAGGGAAUAAAAAUAUGAUGAAUCUGA